CGGCCUGGCGCGCCGCACUCCAACGUCGCCUUCAAAAAGCACUUCGCCAUCAUGCUGAGGGCUAUCGAUCAAGCAGCGGCGGCCGCCGCAUACCACAACCUAUGGGUAGGUGGCCGCGACAACCAGGCCUGCGAGGCCCCACUCUUCUUGGCGGCGCCUCGCAAGGGCAGCGCUCUCAGAAAUGCGUGCUUCGUCGACGACCUCACCGGCUACAACUCGACUGCCAGCGCUGGCGACGAGCACCGGAAGAUCGCCCAGGACAAGGUCACCUUCAUCAAGAUCGAGGGCCUCCCCAUCAAGGUGCAGCUUGUGACCCAGCAGAAAGCCCCCGGGGCCAUCGUCGAGGCGGACGGAGCCAGGGGCCCCGAGAUCUGCCGCAGUGUCAACAGAACGCUCGUAGCGGCAUCCCUGUCCAAGACAAACGCGCCCGACAAGCACGUCACCACCAGCGAGGCGAUCGCGGAGACAGGCGUCCCCGACGUCGAAACGCACAAGACGACAGCCCGACUGCGAUACCUACCGCGGCCCCUGAACCACGCGCCUGCGGUCUUACUUCAGCUACUUGACAGCCAGCGACAACGCGAGGGCACCUGGAGCCACCUGCUCAAGCAGGAUUUCACCUUUCUUCGAAAACACCUCCCGCGAGACAGGUGGCCGAGCAAGAACCGGCACUACAGCGACAUCAUCAGCUGGGCCCGCCAGAGGCCCAAGCACUUCACCAACGCGGUCAAGGCAGCCGCCAAGGCCUACCUGCACAAUAUGCGCGACCAGGCCCAGCUCGCGAAAUUCCAGAAGGAUAUCCAGACGCCCCCGACCUCCUCGAGCACCGCCGAGAUCGACCAGACCGUCGGCGCCUCCGAGACGACAUGCGUCUGCUACGUCUGUGGCCUCGCAGCCACCAAGCAGGGCUUGGCAGUGCACGUAAGAAGGGGCCACCCCGGCCGCGAGAACCCCCGGCGAUAG